ACCCCUCGCAUCCGCCCCAAAACAUCACUUCCUUUGAAGUAGAAAGCGGAUUUAAAUCAAUCGGAUAUUGCUCAGAGGUCUGCUGUGCUGAUCGGAGUAGCUAAGGUUGUGAAGGUCCCUGUUGACAUUAUGAAGGUUCACUUAGUUGCGUUCUCUACUUUUUUCUUCUUCUUCUUCUGUCAGUUGUUUGUUACAGUUUCGGCUGGAGAAGGACUUGGAAAGGGUUUUGGAGAUCACAUUAAUUGGCGGACAUUAGAAGAUGGGAAAAAGGAGUCAGCAGCCAGUGGAUUGCCUAUCAUGAUAAUCAUUCACAAAUCUUGGUGUGGUGCUUGUAAAGCUUUAAAACCAAAGUUUGCUGAAUCUAAGGAAAUCUCGGAGCUUGCCCAUAACUUUGUGAUGGUCAACCUUGAGGAUGAAGAAGAACCAAAGGAUGAAGCUUUUAGUCCUGAUGGUGGCUACAUUCCCAGAAUCAUUUUCAUGGAUCCCAGUGGGAAUAUCCAUCCAGAAAUCAUAAAUGAGAGAGGAAACCCAAGUUAUAAGUAUUUCUAUACCAAUGCUGAACAAGUUAUCCAAGGAAUGAAGGAGGCUGAAGCAAAGCUGACAGGUGAUGCUUUCAAGAAAAAACAUCUUGAAGAUGAAUUAUAAUCCAGCAGAGAUGUGUUUUAUAUCAGUUUGAAAUCCAAGAUAAUAAGACUGUUUAUCCUUCCUAAGUAUUUACCAUAUAAGGAAUUGUAGCUGUACUGGGAACACCUUUUCCUAUUGGUAACUUCUUAGAUCAAAUACUCUCUAAUUUUUUUCAUUAAAAAAAUGUAAAACAUUACAUUUUCACGUUUACACUGAGAUGCCUAUUUAUAGGAGAAAUAAUGAUAAAUUACUUGUAUUGGUUAAUGAAACAAUGCCUUGAUCCUGACAAAAAUUUUAAAAAGAGCUUCACUGGUGUUUAAGGUGUAACUCUCCUUUUUAAAUUGCAUUUUAAAAAUAUUAUGAUAUGGCUGGUGCAUGAUUUGUAGUGAAGAUACUAGUCGUACAGAAUAAUCUCCUUGACUGUUUCUCUAAAUAUGCUCCCUAUGUAGUCCUCAUUUCAGUAAGGACUUCCAGGUAAGGAUGUUUAGGAUUCCACUCUUGGAUUUUAAUUCCCUCUGAAUCAUAAUGACAUAUGUGAGUCUUUGUACAAAGCCAGAUACACUGAUGACUCGGUUAUGGAUAGUUCAUCAAGUAGUUUUCUGGUCAGUUCAAGAAAAAGCAUGAAGAAUAUUGGAUGUAUAAAUGUAUCUCUCUUCUAAUAGAACUAUCCUUCCUCUUUCUUGUGUAUGGCCAGAAACAUACUCUUAUAUUGUACAGUCAUCCUCUAGUUAUUUUGUAAGUAGAAGAGAGAUAACAUACUUGAAUAUAUUGUGCAUUAAUCAAGUCUUAUUUGCUGAAUGUUCUGGGUAGAUAUCUUGUCUCAUCACAUUGUUCUGUAUUUUUGUACCAGGGUAAAAAAAUACAAUAAAAUUGAUUCUUAAUUUUU